AUGAAUUAAGAAUUUGAUGAAAAUGAUAUUCCAAAUGAAAACUAAAUUUAUUCAUCCUUCCAAUCCCAAAAUGAUAUUUCCAAAAUAUCAUUUUUAUCAAAUCACUAAUCAAAAUAUGAGGAUUAACAUAUUAUAUAUGUAUAUAGGUUAUUUUGAUCUUAAUAGUUGUUUAAGUACUUUAUGGAAUUUUAAAUAAGCAAAUUAGAUAUUCAAUAUAUGAAUAUAUAUGGUACUUGCUUAUCUAAGUUUACUAAUCAAUUAAAAACCAAUAAUCCUCAUCUUAUUACAAAAAUACUUUCUCAUUUGAGAAAUGUAAUUAUUAAUUUCUAUAUCCAUAGCAAUUAUAAAAAAUAAUAUUCUUAACAGAACUUCAUGUAGCCUUUUUGUAAUCCUGUAUAAUGUCCUAUAACUAUAAAAUUGGAUAUUAAUUUACGAAAUCAAAAAUAUUUUUGUAAGAAAGUUUAGACAAGAAAAAUUAAAUUAUAAUAGAGUAUUUUUAUUAUGCAGGAUUGAUUGCUAAUGCAUAAAAAGUAUGAAGUAAUUAAAUUAUCAAAAAGGAUUAUGAUGAAGCUUUAAGAUGCUAUAAGAUUGCUUAUAAAAUGUAGCCAACCUCUGUAUUUACUUUUGAAGCAUAAAAACUUGAAUCUUUACUUUGUUUCAGAUUGGGAUUGGAAUUGAAGAAUUGGCCCAAUCCAUAAAAUUCAAUAUUAGUCUCAAAAUUAAAAAAUAUUAUUGAAAGUUAAGGAUUUAAGAAUCUAGGGGAAAGAGAAAAUGAUUUAUAAGAUUAGAAUAUUAAUGUAAUUAUCAUAAUAUUUUUAGAUUUGUUUAAAAGAAUGGUCAAUUCAAGCAUAAUUAUAUCAAUUUUUACAAAAAGAAUAAGAACUUCAUUCAAAAGUGCACUUUGAUUUAAUAAAUCAUAAUUUUCAUUUUUUUGAUUACGAAACUCUUAUUGGUUUAUUGAUGAACAUCAAUAAUGUCCAUAACAUGUUUUCUAUAAAUGAAGAAAAAAAAUAUUUAGAAUUUAAAUACAAUAAUUUAACAUAUAAAGAAAUUAAUAGUAAAUUGGAAAACAGAUAUGAUUUAUUAAAAUCAUUAUCAUAAAAAAAAUGA